AGGCGGUAACGUGAACGUCGAGUGGUGGAGUCUGAUUGAAGCUGCUCAGUGAAGAAACUACGGCAGGGGGAAGAGCAGUCUGUCGGUCUUAAUUACACAAUUUUGACAGAGCAUUCCCUUUAAGAUGGCGUAUCACAGUCCGUACAAAGCUCCCCCGCACACCAACGCUCCUCUGGACCAGGGUUUUCUGUGGAAUAUCUUUCAGAGGGUCGACAAGGACCGGAGUGGCGUGAUAUCAGACUCCGAGCUUCAGCAGGCCUUAUCGAAUGGCACAUGGACUCCUUUCAACCCAGUGACGGUGCGCUCCAUCAUAUCCAUGUUCGACAGGGAAAAUAAAGGCGGGGUGAACUUCAACGAGUUCGCCGGCGUGUGGAAGUACAUCACAGACUGGCAGAACAUCUUCAGGACCUACGACAGGGACAACUCUGGCUUCAUCGAUAAGAACGAGCUCAGACAGGCGCUGACUGGAUUCGGUGAGCAGCAAAGUUAUCGUCUAUCAGAUCAGUUCUACAACACGCUGAUAGAGAAGUUCGACCGCCAGAGGAAGGGACAGGUUGCCUUUGAUGAUUUCAUCCAGUGCUGUAUUGUACUACAGAGGUUGACUGACGUGUUCAGGCGGUACGACACAGACCAGGAUGGCUGGAUCCAGGUUUCAUAUGAACAGUAUCUAUCCAUGGUCUUCAAUAUAGUAUAACGCACACGGAUCACCACAGAAGAGCACAACUGGACACAACUGUGCCAAAGCUACCGGCACCUCCCGGAUGCCAUGGUGGACACUACAAGAUUUUUUUCAACCAAAUUUUUAGCCCUAGUUGGGCUGUUUCACACAAAUUUAUAAAAAUUAAUACAAGAAAACUUAAAGGAACCUUCAGUUUUUUGAGGUUGUAAUACCCUCCAGAUGACAGUAUUUGACUGGAGGUACAAGUACAAUGCUUGAUGUAUUAAAAAAAUCUUGUAGUGUUUUGUUCGAUAACAACAAAGCUACGUCUGUGUUGGGGUUGGGGAAUAUUAUGGACACAUCCUGUCUUUCUAUCUGUCAGUCUGUCUGUUGUUGUCAACAAACUUUUUUUAAUGUCUUAACUUUAACUGAUACAAUAAAAAAAAGAACUCUGUUGUGAGUAAAAAUGAUGCAUUGUAAAUAUGACUUCAGAUGCAUUGCAUGCUUAAAUAUGAUUUAAGAUGCAUUGCAUGCUUUUCAGGGAAAUUUAGCCCCAUAUUGAAGCAUGCUUUCCCUUUCUCUUGUCUUUUCCUCAGCCCUAUUUUGCUCAAAGCCAUGUUUACAAAAACGGUGAAAGCAGUUAAGUUCUGCUUUGAGAUUCACUGACAUGCCAGCUUACAUGCCAUAUUUGUACAAACUUAUUUUUAACAGCAAAUGCUAGAACAUAAUUUUUGGUAGAGGGUAAGCAUAAUGCCUCUAGUAUGGUUAAUUUUUUUGUGCAUGAUGCCUUAAAAUGUGUAAAAACAACACAAAAGACAAAUCUUUUAUUAAAAAACUGAAAAUCU